AUGGCUCCAAAGGUCAAAGGUUCGAUUCCUGAAGGUGCCAAGAAAAUUUGUAGCUCAUUAUGCUUCAGUCUAUGGAUUAUGAGCUCACAGGUUCGUUACCUGACUGAAAUAUAUAUAUUAAAUUUUUGGAGGAUAUGCGCGAUUUUUCAUCGUUCGGCGCCUCUGACAUGAUGGCUCAGGCGAUAGCGAUUCAGUCUUUUGCUCGAAGGGUUACAGGUUCGGCUCCUAAAGGCGCAAAUUCGUUUUGCCAUUUUUUUCAAACUUGCCAUGUCUAAUUUUGAAUUCCAUAGCUCCUCAAAAGGAGAAUAUGGUCGUUUUCUCAUCGUUCGGCGUCUUAGACAUGAUGGAUCAGGCGAUAGCGAUUCAGUUUCUUGCUCGAAGGGUUACAGGUUCGGUCCCGUAA